AUGUCUCUGCAACAGAAAGCUCUUGUUCUUCCCCAAAAGCAGGGCAACUUUGAGCUUAGCUCCCGCAGCAUCCCCAGUCCUGGGGUCGGGCAGCUCCUGAUCAAGAUUCAAUCUGCAGCUCUGAACCCAGUUGACUACAAGAUCAAGGACGCAGAGGUGGUUGCGAUCCAAUACCCUGCCGUCCUGGGAACGGAUAUUGCCGGGACUGUCGAGGAACUAGGGGAAGGUGUCGAGAAUUUCCGCGAAGGCGAUAGAGUAGUGGCGCAUGGCAAGUUCACUAAUGACUUUACUGCAUUUCAGCAGUAUACUUUGACCGCUGCGAGCUUUACAGCAAAGAUUCCCGCAAGCGAGUCCUUCGAUAGCGCAGCCACUGUUCCUGUGGGUUUAGAUACUGCGCUGGUGGGCUUGUAUGGAAAACAUUAUGGAGCCGGUAUAACCCCUCCUUGGACGAAAAAUGUCAGUGGUCAUGAAUCAAAGAAACCAAUUGUCAUCCUCGGUGGUUCUUCCUCUGUGGGUUCAUACACCAUCCAACUCGCUCGUCUGUCCGGAUUCUAUCCUAUCAUCACUACAGCCUCUGCAAGCAACGAAGAGCUUGUCAAGGGCUACGGCGCAACACAUUUCUUUGAUCGCAGCCUUUCUGGAAAACAACUACUGGCGGCCAUCAGCGAAGUUACUGACGAUCCUAUCAAACUCGUUUAUGACACCAUCUCGUUGCCAGAAACACAGUCCGUUGGAUGGGAAUUGCUUGCAGACAAUGGCACGCUCGUACUAACCCUUUAUGCGAAAGUCAAAGAAGAUGAAGGCAAGGGGCGCAAGAUUGUCCAGGCAUUCGGAAACCCACAUGCCCCCGAAAAUGAGGAGCUGUGCCGCAACUCUUGGGCUAGGCUGGAGAAGUGGCUUUCAGACGGUACCAUACAGCCGAACAAAUAUGAAGUCCUCCCAAACGGGCUUGAAGGUAUUAUUGGAGGACUGGAAAGGUUAAGAUUGGGACAGGUGUCUGGAACGAAGUUGGUUGCUCACCCUCAGGAGACACAGUAA